ACGGCUUCGACAUUACUUAGCUGAAAUGUGAUGCAUUUCUAAGUUGUGUGAAUACAUGUAUCGUACUCCUGUUUACUUCUAUCGAAUAGAGUGGUCGGUUUCUAUAUUUUUACAUGUAACGAUAGGUUCACGCGAUAUGGUAAAGCUAGGUUUGUUUCGGUCCUUCAACAGUAGGUAUAGGUUUCCAUGUGUGUAUGCGUGCAUACAUGCAACCAACCAAUCGCAUACUUCAGGAUGCACUACUUAAUCCUCAAACCCUAUAUUCAAUGUAAAAUUAAUUCACGUCAUAAUGUAUUCAAAACUGAUAAAUUCUUACAAAUACGUAUAUUAACGUCUUCUUCGGUAGAGACUGAAUCAAAUAAUACAAUUUAGCAAAUCAUACAAAUUUCUAAUGAUUGUUAAUAAAUACAAAGAAAUUGGUUUAACAUGAUUUUAGCGGAAUCGUUUUCAUAUAAACAGGCUUUGAAAGAUUUUGGCGGUACAACAACCAUUAGCAUUAACAUGUCUCGUACUUAAGUGUGUUCCUAAUUGUAAAAAUAUAAAGAAACGUGUUCAUUUGUAAUUGUUCCUGACGUUAUAUUUCUCUUACGUUUGCUGGAAUUUGCACAUAAGAAAUUAAUAUUUUAAGAAAAUAAUAAGGGUUGUAGUGUAUUUGAAUAAAAGCAGUCAUUUUAAUUCAGUAUGAUAUCCGCUACUGUACGAAACACUGAAACUUAUGAGACAGAGAAACAAACAAAGGUUGAGGAUAUCCAAGUACAACAAAUAUCUGUAAACAACUGUAUUGAGGAAGAAAAUAAAAAUACAGUGAUUGAAAACAUGAUACUUCAAGAAACAAGCAAUGAUAGGAGAAAACUUCGUAAUGGAAAGUAUGUUAAUGUAGAAAUGUCUAAUUUAAGUAAAAUUAAUGGUGAUAUCACUAAAAAUCGUUCACCACAACAAAAAACUCAACCAAAAAGAUUCAAUAAAAGAAGAAGCAAUGUAACCGAAGAGUUAGAAACAAAUGUUCCUAUGUUAAUAGAUGAUGAAAAUCUAACACCGAAUAUUGAAUCAAACAUUAACUUAAAUGAACAAGAAGAUUUAGGUGAUGAACCUGAAAGUAAUAUGCUAAAAAAGACCAAAACAGACAAUAAUAAUGUACACAUUAAAAGACCUAUAAUAUCGCAUCAGAAACCUAUUAAUGUACAACAGAAAUGUGAAUAUUGUUGUCAGAAACUAACAAGCACAGAUCUGAAAAUAUACCCAGGCCAUCCUAAUGGAGCUAUAGAAGAAAUGAUUGCAUUAACAGAUCCUAAAUUAUCCUUAUUCACAGGAGAGGAAACUAUGGUUUAUGAAGGUGAUGAAAGACCACAAAACAAAAUAACUCACUUUUGUGUGUAUGAUAAAAAUGGACACUUAUGUUCUUUUGAUACUGGCUUAAUUGAAAAGAAUGUUGUACUUUAUUUUUCUGGUUAUAUGAAACCUAUUUACGAGGAGAACCCAUCCCCGGAGGGUGGUAUGCCCACAAAAGAUAUAGGUCCGAUAAAUGAAUGGUGGGUGUCAGGGUUCGAUGGUGGUGAAUUAGCCCUUAUAGGAUUUAACACAGCAUUCGCAGAAUAUAUAUUAAUGGAACCAGCCGAAGCGUACGCGCCAUUUAUGGAUUCUGUGAGAGAAAAAAUUUAUAUGAGCAAAAUAGUUAUAGAAUUUUUGUUGGACGAAGUCAAUCCUACUUAUGAAGAUUUAUUACAUAGAUUACAAACCAUAGUUCCACCAAAAGGAUUAGCUAGAUUCACAGAGGAUUCUCUGUUACGAUACGCGCAAUUUAUUUGCGAUCAAGUAAUAUCUUUUGACGCAUCCGCAAGACCAGAAGAUUCUCUCUUGAUUACAAGUCCAUGUAUGAGAGCGUUGAUAACGCUUGCAGGUGUGACAUUAAAGAAAAGAAUUGCGUUGCGCGGAACCCACUCGAAAGAUCAAAAGAAGAAAAUUACUUGGACCAAAGCCACAACUACGAAAUUAGUUAAUAAUAUGUUUGAAACAUUCUUCUCCGAUCAAAUAGCCACAAAUGGUGAUAAAGAAAUAUCGGGACCUAAAAGACAAAGAUGCGGGAUAUGCGAGAUUUGCCAACAACCAGAUUGUGGAGUUUGUACAGCUUGCAAAGACAUGAUUAAAUUUGGUGGGUCUGGUAGAAGUAAGCAAGCCUGCAACAUGAGAAGGUGUCCAAAUAUGGCUAUACAAGAAGCUAAUGAUUCGGAUCCAGAAGAUGAUGAUCUCAAUGAUAUGCUAAUAGAAAAUGUUAAGAUUACUCAAAAAAUGAUUUUGAAAGAAUUCAAACAUGUCGAAAAAGAUAUUACAUGGGUGGGAGAAGCAAUUAUAGAUGAUGGGAGAAGAACAUUCUAUAACUCGGUUAUUGUCGUUGAUGAAGAAAUAAAAGCAAAUGAUUAUGUACUGAUUGAGUCGAAUGAUCCCACGGUUCCAUUACAAAUAGCUAAAGUCAUAUAUAUGUGGGAGGAUAAAAAUGGUGCAAAAUUGUGUCAUGCAAAUUGGUUCAGAAGGGGUAGCGAUACUGUACUCGGUGAAACAUCAGACCCCUUAGAAUUGUUUUUACUCGAUGAAUGUGACAAUGUACCAUUCGCUUCAAUUAAGUCUAAGGCUACUGUUAUUUAUAAAGCUAGUCCUAACAACUGGAGUGAAUUGGGAAAUGCAGAUAUACUACCAGAAGAUGAAAUACAAAAUAAAGAUGGAAAAACAUUUUUUUACCAAAAGAAGUAUACACCGGAGACUGCUCGUUUUGAAGAUCCAUCUCCGGAUCCUAUAUGUCCGCGAAAAGAAAUCAGUCACCGAUUUUGCCCCGCUUGUGUGCGAUUUACAACGUUACAGUGUUACUAUACACCAAAGGUUUUUGAUCGAGGAGAAGAGAAAAGUAGUAAAGAAGUAAUAUAUAACAUGGUAAAAUAUAAAGGCGAAGAAUUUACAGUUGGAUCGUCUGUAUUUUUAAUGCCUGGAGCUAUAAAAUAUAAAUAUACAUCUAUAUCUCACAUUUCUACGAAACCAAAGAAAGGACAAGUAGACGAAGAUAUGUAUCCUGAAUAUUACCGAAAAUCAUCGGAUCAUGUAAAAGGAUCAAAUUAUGAUACACCUGAACCAUUCCAUAUUGGAUAUAUAAACGCGAUAUAUGCAAAAACUAAUAGUAAAUUAGUUGCAGCUUCUGACAUAUGGAUUAAAAUAAAUAAAAUGUACCGGCCAGAAAAUACGCACAAAGGACUUUCACUGAUGCAACAAGUUGAUCUUAAUAUGCUCUACUGGAGUGACGAGGUUUGCGACGUGAAAUUUUCGGAUGUAGCAGGAAAAUGUUACUUGAUGUAUUCAGAAAAUUUAGAUCAGUCCGUAGAAGAAUGGACUUCCACUGGUCCAAAUCGCUUUUACUUCUCGCAAGCUUAUAACGUCCCGGAGAAAACUUUUGUUGACCCACCAAAUCAUGCUAUGAAUAUUGGGAAAUUGGGGAAAGGAAAAGGAAAAGGAAAAGCAAAGUACAAAAAUAAGAAAUUAGAAACUAAUGAUAAUAAGAAAGUAAUAAAUAAACCCAUAGAUUAUUGCACUGUGCCAAAAAAACUGAGGACACUAGAUGUCUUUGCUGGUUGUGGUGGAUUAUCUGAAGGAUUAAGACAAGCUGGUAUUGUAGAUAAUCAAUGGGCGAUUGAAAAAGAUGAACCAGCUGCAUGUGCAUACAGACUUAAUAAUCCCAAUACAACGGUAUUUUGUGAAGAUUGUAAUGUACUUUUGCGAAUGGUUAUGAAUGGUGAACUUUGCGAUAAUAGCGGACAACGUUUACCUCAAAAGGGGGAAGUGGAAUUGUUAUGUGGUGGGCCACCGUGCCAAGGUUUCAGUGGCAUGAAUCGUUUUAAUUCGCGGCAAUACUCAUUAUUUAAGAAUUCUUUAGUAGUAUCGUCUUUGUCUUAUUGUGAUUAUUACAGACCAAAAUUCUUUAUUAUGGAAAAUGUUAGAAAUUUUGUAUCUUUUAAAAAAAGUAUGGUACUUAAAUUAACAUUAAGGUGCCUUGUGCGAAUGGGUUACCAAUGUACAUUUGGUAUUCUGCAAGCUGGGAAUUACGGUAUUCCGCAAACAAGAAGAAGGUUGAUUAUAUUAGCUGCUGCUCCUGGAGAAAUCCUUCCAACAUAUCCAGAACCAACUCAUGUGUUUAGUAAACGAGCAUGCCAGUUAAGUGUUAUCGUGGAUAACAAAAAGUAUUCAUCGAACUGUGAUUGGACAGAAUCAGCGCCGUACAGAACAAUCAGUGUUCGUGAUGCGAUGUCUGAUUUACCUAAUAUCCGAAAUGGAUGGAAUACAGAAGAGAUGACUUAUGGCGAUGAACCAAUAUCUCACUUUCAAAGAAAAGUAAGGCCUAAAGAACCUGAUGCUAUAUUGAGAGAUCAUAUCUGUAAAGAUAUGGCACCUCUGGUUGAAGCACGAAUAGCGCAUAUUCCAACUGCUAGCGGAUCUGAUUGGCGAGAUUUACCAAAUAUUGCAGUACGUUUGAGCGAUGGAACAUACUCAAAGAAACUAGAAUAUACUUAUCAUGAUAAAAAAGCGGGUAGAAGUUCUACUGGAGCAUUUCGUGGUGUAUGUAGUUGUUGUACGGGCAGAACAUGCGACCCAAUGGAUCGGCAAUAUAACACUUUGAUUCCUUGGUGUUUACCUCACACUGGUAAACGUCACAAUCACUGGGCAGGCUUGUACGGUAGAUUGGAGUGGGAUGGAUUUUUUGGUACUACUAUUACUAAUCCAGAACCUAUGGGUAAACAGGGUCGUGUUUUGCAUCCUGAACAAACAAGAGUUGUGAGUAUAAGAGAAUGCGCCAGAUCGCAAGGUUUCCCAGACUCUUUUCGAUUUUAUGGAAACAUACUUGAUAAACAUCGGCAAAUCGGCAACGCAGUUCCGCCACCAUUAGGUGCUGCUUUGGGUUUUGAAAUUAGAAAGUGUUUAAGAAGUGAAAAUAUUGAUCAAUCAGCCAACAACUUAAAUGGUUUUAGUGAUUGAUAGCAUUUUAAACGUUUUUUUAUAAUUAAAUGCUACACCUAAGUUUAAUGGUAGAAUAAGUUAUAGAUUAUUUUUUUAUCUACAUACAUUUAUCAUCAUGUGUUCAUUAAAAAUAUGUAGAUGCUUUUAUUCUUUACAUGAUCAAAAGUAUUAUGUAACACAUAUGCAGUAUGCAAUAUUAAAGUUUAACAAGUGGAAUUAAAAAGUCGAAAGCAGUAUUUUAAAUUAAAUGAUUAGAUUCUGAAAAAUUCGUAUAUAUCGAGAACCUUAUAUGAUAUGUACAUAUUGUAUCUUUUUAUAACUAUAAGGUAAACA